AUGACUGAAACAUCAGCCUUGAAGCGCGCAGCUUCCGAAGAGCCCGACGUAUCGAGCGAGCCAUCUAAUGGCGUGAAGAAAGCCAAGAAAGUAGGCACUACGGACCCAACAACAUCGACAGCGGAGCUAGAGAGUAUUGGAGCUACGGAAGCAGCCCCGGCUCGCGAUGAACCAAAUGACGAUGUUGCAUUGCAGCAGAAAGAUGCGACAUCCAAAGACCUCAAUGACAAGAGCGGCACCGAAGUGCAGCAACCCAAGACAAUCGCUCCAGUGCCCGAACCCACCAAAGCAGAAGACGAUAACGAGGACGAGGGCGAGGACGACGAGAGCGAAAUCGAGAAAUCAGUUUCGCCGGACGGUAGCGAUGAGGACUACGAUUCCGAAGAAGACGGCGAUGGCGAACCCUACGGUUACGGUCUUGAACGCGAUCCCGACCAAGGCGGGUUGGCGAUGCCACCCGGCCUUGACGAGGAAUAUGAUGAGUUGGCGAAUGAUUAUUGA